AAAUGGCGUCUGGUGGGAGCGAAUACACAUCGGAUGAGAUUUUCAAUUUUAAAUGUUCGUCUUGUCUGGCUAAUAAUCGGAAAAGAGAAGCUGUGAAAUUUUGCGUGGAAUGUCAGGGAUAUUGUUGUCAGUCUUGUACAGACAUAAUUCAUAUGAUGCCUGCUUUGAAAGGUCACACACUUUUGGAUAAUUCGAAUUAUAAGUCAUCAAGUCUCCAUGCAGGAUUACCAGCAGUACCGACGGAGAGAUGUAGCACACAUGAGACAAAGGUCGUCGACAUGUACUGUGGUAGUCAUGAUGAGGUUGGUUGUACAACUUGCAUGGUUUUAAAACACAGGUCUUGUGCUGAUGUGCAAUUCAUUCCAGAUAUUGUUGACAGUAAAUUUCAAACGGCAGAUGUUGACAAAAUACACCAACUGUUGCAAGAUUUGAAAAUGAUGAUGGAGAAAAUUAUGAAAUCUAGACAAAGACUUAUAGAAGACUUAAAGAAGUCUAAGACGGAGGUAGUAAUGACGAUCAAGGACUUUCGGAAAGAGAUGGAAACAAUUCUUGAACAACUAGAAAAAGAAUCGAUUAAAGAAUUGGAGAUGAAGUUCAUAGAAGAAGAGUCAAAACUGCUGGAAGAGAAGAAGAAAGCAGAAACUGAAUUAGAUGGUCUGAAAGAAGCAGUGAACGACUUGAAGGAAUCAGAAGGAAACAAAGCCCAACAAUUUGUCUCCAUGAAAAUGUCCUUGAAAAGUAUUGCGAAAACGGAAGACGCAUCUCGUUCAUUGCAAACAAGUGUUAAUGCAGAUAUAUCAUUUAUCUUUGAUCCUGCAAUACUCGGAUGCCUACAACAGUUGAAAACGUUUGGAUCGGUCCGACAUGAUUCUGCCACUGAUUUACUAUCACCAAGGACAACCUUCUAUUCUGUAAAAAGAAUCGAGAAUUUAAACAUCAGAGUCCAUAAUGACAAGGAAACAUAUUCUGUGUAUGGGUCCAGUCUAACAGAAGAUGGUUCACUCCUGUUAGCUGAUAGCAGCAAUAAUAUGAUUAAACGUGCAGAGAUUGUAAAAAUGCCAGUGACAGAUUAUUGUUGUGUUCCUGCCAGACCAUUUGGCGUUUGCUGUACAAGUAAAAUCGAAGCUGCAGUCUGCCUGAACAAUAAUAAAAUUCAGUUUAUCUCCCUUGGGAAGCAGAUGUCAACCACUCGUCAGAUUAAACUGAGUCAUGUUUGCUUUGGCAUUGCUUAUAAGGAUGAUAAACUAUACAUAACUGGCAGCUACCAGUCGUCGUUGUACAUACACGAUAUGACAGGUAACGUACUUCAGACGGUAACUCGUGACCACGUCGGGCAAAGUCUAUUCUCAAACACCCGAACUGUUGCCUUCAGUGAUGUUGGUGAUAAAAUCUUUGUUGCUAGUUUGGAUAAAGGUCUAGUUAUUAUUCAUGGACAGGGAAACCACUGUCAGACCUUUACUGAUUCAGAGUUAAAGGCAGCAGCUGGAGUUUGUACAGAUAGUAGAGGAAAUCUGUUUGUGUCUGGGUAUAGUUCAAAUAACGUGAUACAGAUUGGGAGAGAUUUGAAGAAAUUGGGCGUGGUCGUUAACUCAUCAAAUGGACUUAACCAGCCAGAAUCAGUUUGUUUUGAUACACGACACUGCAAAUUAUUGAUUACGCAACGCAACAACGAUACUGUCAAAGUCAUCUCCUUGCACUAAAGGUUGAUGAUAUGAUAUUUUACAUGUAUAAAUGCAUCAUGCUGUUUUCUAGUUCUGAAACAAUGCUUGUAACAGCAGUUUACUUUUCGAGUUAUGCUUAAUCCUUAACAUGCAUACAAAAAAUAUGGGCGAUUUUUUAAAAACAAACAAUUGAAAUCGCCAAGAUAUUGAUAUUAUUUCUUAAUAACUGGUUAGAAACUAUGUGGGAUGCUUUAUUCCUUUCAGUUAUUAACCAGAGCAUCGUACCACUUUUCAUUCCCAAAUGUAACUAUCUAAUGAUUAGGAAGACGUACACUGCAUCAUAAAGUGUGUUCUUUUUUACUUAACCUAAAGGCUAUUUUAGUGUUUCGAUGGAGGUGGUGUAUGAACUUUUCUGUGUCUGGUUCAUAUCUAUGCAGACUUUUUGAAGCUAGUCAACCACAGUUUUAGUGAAAUCUUUGAACAUGCUCAUUUCCACCAAGUUUGGCAUACAUGUAUGACACUGAAAAACGAUAAAGUAGGUGAAAAUGAAUGUAAGAUAUUAGUAAAAUUGCAAGGAGAAUGUGAUUUUUUUCUGCAUUAUUUCAAAAGCGUUGAAACGGUUUGCUCUCUGCUGCGCUGUCUUUUUGAUUAUUUAUAAGAAUAUCUUGCAAAUAUCUUAUAUCAAUAAGUUUGUUCCACUAGUCACUUUCAGAGUACUCACUUUUUAUGAAUUUUUGAGAGAAAUUAUUUUUCGCCUAAGAUAUUUGGGUUAGUCUUUUAAUGUUAUUUUUGUGUGUUACAGUGGGUAUAAAUUACCAAGGGAUUAUGACAAAGUCAUGAAUCGCGAUAGGUACUGACUUCAAUUAAAACAUGUUUUGUUGAUUUCAUUUAAAAAUCGAGUAGUCGUAACGAUUCAAGUUUGAUCUUUACCAUCAGAAAAAUGAGCCGGAUAUUUUUGUUUUGCUUGCCGAUUUACUGUGUUUUUUUGAACGACGUCAUUUUUCUCGUGCUCGACGUGUACAUUUAUGAAUAAGAUAUCUAAUUUCUGGAAAAAUGUUCCUAUACGUGACUGCACCAAUUUUGUUGUCUUUCUUUACAAAAUACAUACUGAUCAUAAAUACCACCUUGAAUAAAUAUUUUGAGCUUCGUA